UGCCAGGUGGGGCUGGCAGCAAGAUGGCGCCGGCGGUGCAGGGGCUGAAGAGCUUCGUGUGGCAGAGGCUAAAAUCAACAGUAUUUGAUGACUUUAGCAAAGAGGAAGAAUGGAAGAUAAUGCUUUUAGAUGAUUACACUACUAAAUUACUGUCACUGUGCUGCAAAAUGAGUGAUCUGCUGGCAGAGGGUGUCACAGUGGUGGAGAAUGUAUAUAAAGACCGUGAGCCUGUCCCACACAUGAAGGCAAUAUAUUUAAUAACUCCCACCAAAAAGUCUGUAGAUGGACUGAUUGAUGACUUCAUCAAUAAAUCAUCUAGCAGAUACAAAGCAGCAUAUGUGUACUUCACUGACUUUUGUCCUGACAGCCUCUUCAAUAAAAUUAAGGCUUCAUGUGCAAAAUCAAUAAAGAAAUGCAAGGAAAUAAACAUUUCCUUCUUCCCCUAUGAGUCUCAGGUAUUUACCCUCAACAUCCCAGAUGCAUUCUACCGCUGCUACAGUCCCACUCUGGAAAGGACAAAGGAUAAAGAUGCUGUACUGCAAGUCAUGGCUGAACAAAUUGUUACCUUAUGUGCCACGCUAGAUGAGAAUCCAGGAGUACGAUAUAAAAGUGGACCAUCUGAUAGAGCCAGCAAACUUGCCCAGCUUGUUGAAAAAAGUCUUGAAAACUACUACAAAACAGAUGAGAAAAGCCAAAUAAAGGCUAAAACCCAUUCCCAACUAAUAAUAAUUGAUCGUGGCUUUGACCCAGUAUCAACUGUGCUCCAUGAGCUCACCUUCCAGGCAAUGGCAUAUGAUCUGCUACCCAUUGAAAAUGAUACUUACAAAUACAAAACAGAAGGCUCUGGUGGGAAGGAAAAGGAGGCAAUUUUGGAGGAAGAUGAUGACCUGUGGGUGAAGAUGCGGCACAAGCAUAUUGCAGAUGUGAUAGAGGAAUUACCAAAACUUUUGAAAGACGCUUCAUCGAAAACAAAAACAGCAGAAGGAAAAUUAUCCAUAUCUGCUCUGUCCCAGUUGAUGAAGAAGAUGCCACUCUAUCGUAAAGAGAUUAGUAAGCAAGUUGUUCAUCUUAACAUAGCAGAAGAUUGCAUGAGAAAGUUCAAACCUAACAUAGAAAGGCUCUGUAAAGCUGAACAGGACUUGGCUCUUGGAACUGAUGCAGAAGGUCAAAAAGUAAAAGACUCUAUGAGGGUCCUCCUUCCAGUCCUGCUCAACAAAAGUCAUGACAGCUAUGACAAAAUCAGAGCUAUUCUCCUGUAUAUAUUUAGUACAAAUGGAACUACCCAGGAGAACUUGGACAAGCUGAUCCAGAAUGUACAAAUAGAAAGUGAUAGUGAUAUGAUAAAAAAUUGGAAAUACCUUGAUGUUCCUGUUAUCUCUUCAUUUGUUGCUCAGCAGCAUAAAUAUGCAAGAAGGGACCGUUCUCAAGAAGAAACCUUCCAACUUUCUAGGUGGACUCCUGUUAUCAAAGAUGUUAUGGAGGAUGCUAUAGAGAACAAAUUAGAUUCAAAAGACUGGCCUUAUUGUUCUCGGUGCCCUCCCACCUGGAAUGGUUCAGGAGCAGUAAGUGCACGGCAGAAGCCUAGAGCGAGUUGCCGGGAGGAGCGGAGGAGCAGCGCGAGGCUGAUUGUGUUUGUGAUCGGGGGAGUCACGUACUCGGAGAUGCGCAGCGCUUACCAAGUUUCCGAGGCCUACAAGUCCUGUGAAGUUGUUAUUGGUUCUACUCAUAUUUUGACACCUAGAAGACUGCUGGAGGAAGUGAAGAGCCUUAAUAAACCCAAGGAUAUGGUCUGCAUUAAGGAUGAAUAGAUAUGGUGAUGUUUAUGAUGCAUU